UUCAACAGCUUAUGUCAUUACGUGGCCCGAUGUUGGAGUCUUGGAAAGCGAAAGAAAAAUAAUACGAAAACAAUCUGUUUUUAGUGUAAAUUAAUACAAUAAUUUAAUAAAAUGAAGAGCUGCAAAAGAUGUAUAGUUUUCCUAUUGACUGUAUUUGCUUUAAUCAAUUUAGGAAACAGUUAUAUGAUCACAGUAGAUGCUCACGCCGAAGAAUGUUUUUUUGAGAAUGUAGAAGCCGAUACGAAAAUGGGUUUGACUUUCGAAAUAGCGGAAGGAGGCUUCUUAGACAUUGAUGUAAAAAUUACUGGACCAGAUGGUGCAGUCAUUUAUAAAGGAGAAAGAGAAUCCUCUGGAAUGUACACAUUCUCAGCUCCAACAGCAGGCCGCUAUACUUACUGCUUUAGCAAUCAAAUGUCAACAAUGACACCCAAGGUUGUUAUGUUCAAUUUCGAAAUUGGAGAUGCACCUGGCAAAAAAUCUGGUGAGAAGGAAGAUGAAGCCAAUCACAACAAACUUGAAGACAUGAUAAAAGAAUUGGGAACUACUCUCAAAACUGUCAAGCAUGAACAGGAGUAUAUGCAGGUGCGAGAUCGAAUCCAUCGCGACAUCAAUGAAAGCACAAACUCGCGUGUAGUGAUGUGGUCAACAUUUGAAGCUUGUGUUCUCAUUAUUAUGACAGUCGGACAAGUUUACUAUCUCAAGAGGUUCUUUGAAGUCCAACGUGUUGUGUAAAUACUAGUAUAGUUUUUAUAAUAAUAAAUUAUAGAUUUUUUU